AUGAAAGGUUUAAUCUUAGUCGGUGGUUAUGGUACUCGUUUAAGACCAUUAACUUUAACUGUUCCAAAACCUUUAGUGGAAUUUGGUAACAGACCAAUGAUUUUACAUCAAAUCGAAGCUUUAGCUGCUGCUGGUGUUACUGAUAUUGUAUUAGCUGUCAAUUAUAGACCUGAAGUUAUGGUUUCUACUUUAAAGAAAUAUGAAGAAGUUUAUGGUGUUAACAUUACUUUUUCAGUUGAAGAAGAACCUUUAGGAACUGCUGGUCCAUUGAAAUUAGCUGAAGCUGUUUUAAAGAAAGAUAACUCUCCAUUCUUUGUGUUAAACUCUGAUGUUAUUUGUGAUUAUCCUUUCCAUGAAUUAGCUGAAUUCCAUAAAGCUCAUGGUGGUGCUGGUACCAUUGUUGCUACCAAAGUUGAUGAACCAUCUAAAUAUGGGGUUAUCGUUCAUGAUAGAGAUACUCCAAAUUUAAUCGAUAGAUUCGUUGAAAAACCAGUUGAAUUCGUUGGUAAUAGAAUUAAUGCUGGUUUAUAUAUCUUAAACCCAGAAGUUAUUGAUUUAAUCGAAAUGAAACCAACUUCAAUUGAAAAGGAAACUUUCCCAAUCUUGGUUGAACAAAAACAAUUAUAUUCUUUCGAUUUAGAAGGUUAUUGGAUGGAUGUUGGUCAACCAAAAGAUUUCCUUUCAGGUACUUGUUUAUACUUAACUUCUUUAACUAAAAGAUCUCCAGAAAAAUUAUCUCAUGAAAAAUUCGUUCAUGGUGGUAAUGUUUUAAUUGAUCCAACUGCCAAAAUUCAUCCAAAUGCUUUAAUCGGUCCAAAUGUUGUUAUCGGUCCAAAUGUCGUUGUUGGUGAUGGUGCUAGAAUUCAAAGAUCUGUUUUAUUAUCUAAUUCUGAAGUUAAAGAUCAUGCUUGGGUUAAAUCUACCAUUGUUGGUUGGAAUUCAAGAAUUGGUAAAUGGGCUAGAACUGAAGGUGUUACCGUUUUAGGUGAUGACGUUGAAAUUAAAAAUGAAAUUUACGUGAAUGGUGCUAAAGUCUUACCUCACAAAUCUAUUUCUUCAAAUGUUGAACAUGAAUCUAUUAUUAUGUAA